GUCCUGCCAUUUUGCAGCUGCAGAUCAGUGGAAAGCCUUAGCUGCCCCCGCCGCCGCCGCUGCUGCUGUGCAGGAGAGGUUCACAUUAGUGUGUUUUUUUUUGUUGUUCAGGUUUUAUUGUUCUUGUAGCGUGAAGACAGUUCAUUGAUAAAAUGUCGGAUUUCGACAGCAACCCUUUCGCGGAUCCGGAUUUCAGCAACCCUUUUCAGAAUCACCCCCGGUUUUGUCGAAGCUAAUCCCCGACUGCUCCCUCUUCAUCACACAGCAGCCGCCGACCCGAAGGACGAGGUCUAAAACAUGUUAUCCGAGACACGUGCGGCUAAACGUGCUCGGAGGAGAGCACUUAUUAUUUUGAUUAAACAAAUCUGUGUUUGUGAUUUCCAGAAGUUGUUCAGAAGUACGUGUCGCUUCCUUGCCAUCCGUGGCGAGUAUAGUGCUGUGAAAAAGUCUUUACGCCAAUCUGUAUCGGCCAUUGAUCGCAUUCUAUGACUCGAUCGGUAGUCUCUAAAUUUGGCCGAUUUUACGAGGCGAUCGCAAUUUGAUGACGUGAGACGUGGAGGAGUGUCAUGACCAGUGAGGAAUUAUUACAAGAUCUCAAGAAACAAUGAAAAAUGUGCUGUUUUGCCAUGUAUUUUUUUUUUUACGAUGAGCCUUAAUGUUCUUCUGGGUCAGCAGUGGGUUUCACCUCACCACUCUUCCAUGGAGCCAUUUUCCCCCAGUGUCUCUCUGAUAGUGGAGUCAUGAACAGUGACCUUUAUUGAUGCAAGAGAGGCCUGUAGGUCCUUUUGAUGUUGUCCUCGGCUCUUUUGAGACUUCCUGGAUGAGUCGUCGCUGUGCUCUCGGAGGAAUUUUGGAUGGUCUGAAGGUUCACUACUGUGCCGAGCUUUUACAUUUGGAGAUGACGUAUAACGACCUAUAACGACCGACUCUGGUGCGCACCAUUGGAUGUGUUCGCUAUGCAGUUUGCAAUAUAAUGAAGUAAUAAAUAUCCAUCCAUUCAUUUUCUGUACCGCUUAUCCUACACAGGGUCGCGGGGGUGCCUGGACCCUGUCAGAGGGAACUCGGGGCACAAAGCGGGGGACACCCUGUAUGGGGGCUAACCCAUCACAGGGCACAGUCGCACACACAUUCACACACUAAGGACAAUUUGGAAAUGCCACACAGCCUACAGCGAAUGUCUUUGGACUGGUGGAGGAAACGGUGCACAAAGUGGGGAGGCAGGAUUCGAAUCCCCGACCCCGGAGGUGCGAGGCAAGCGUUCUAACCACUAAGCCAGCGUGCCCCGCCCUCCCACCCAAGAUCCCUCGGUGACACAAGUAACGCGGAAUGCGCCACCAGGCCUGGAGGAGUACAAUCCAUUUACAGAUGCGAAACCGGCUCCGCCCGGCUCGGGUCCCAAAGUCCCGCCCACUGCGAACACACAGCCAGCCAUCAUGAAGCCCACCGAGGAGCCACCAGCUUAUUCACCGCCGCAGCAAACACAGGAUCAGGCACGGGCCCAGGCCGAGUUGAUGAGGAGGCAGGAGGAGUUGGAGAGGAAAGCUGCAGAGCUCGACCGCAGAGAGCGAGAGAUGCAGUCACUCAAUGCAUCUGGAGGGAGGAAAAACAACUGGCCGCCGCUGCCUGAGAAGUUCCCCGUGGGUCCGUGUUUCUAUCAUGACAUAUCCGUGGAUAUCCCGGUGGAGUUUCAGAAGACGGUUAAGAUAAUGUACUACCUGUGGAUGUUCCACACAGCAACACUGUUCCUGAACAUCUUUGGCUGCUUGGCGUGGUUUUGUGUAGAUUCACAGCGUGGGGUUGACUUUGGCCUGGCCAUGCUGUGGUUCAUGCUGUUCACUCCCUGCUCAUUCGUCUGCUGGUACAGACCUCUCUAUGGAGCGUUCAGGAGUGACAGCUCUUUCCGCUUCUUUGUGUUUUUCUUCAUCUAUAUUUGCCAGUUCGGUGUCCAUGUGAUGCAGGCCAUUGGCAUCACAGGCUGGGGAGUCAGUGGUUGGAUCUCGGCGUUAACCGGCCUUAAUAAAAGCAUUCCUGUCGGCAUCAUCAUGAUCCUGAUUGCUGCCCUGUUUACCGCCUCUGCCGUCAUCUCUCUCAUCAUGUUUAAAAAGGUCCAUGGGCUGUAUCGAACCACUGGUGCGAGCUUUGAGAAGGCCCAACAGGAAUUCGCCACGGGCGUCAUGUCCAACAAAACGGUCCAAACGGCAGCCGCCAACGCCGCCUCGACCGCCGCUCGCGGAGCGUUCAAGGAGCAAUUCUGAUUGGCCGAGAGAGAGCAGGCCCAACUUCGAGCUCCUCCCACUUUCUCACUUUUUUCCCCAUUCUUUCUUAUUUGUACUCCUUUGACUUGUGAGUCGUCUGUAAGCCUGUUUCAGAUGUGGAGGAUCCCAGACUCCGCCCCUCCAUCGAUACGGCACACUCCAUUGGCUAACUGAGACUCUACCCACUUCACUCAGCAGAUGCACUCAUCUGGCUUUUAUGCUGAGUGUGUGUGUGUGUGUGUGUGUGUGUGUGUGUGUGUGUGUGUGUGUGUGUGUGUGUGUGUCAGUUACACUCCAGUCACUUUCCAUUUGUCCAUUCAGAUUGAGCAUGUGCUGACUCGUGUUUCUCAUUUUAAAAAAACAAAAACAAAAAAAACACAGGAAGUGAUGUCAGCAAGGAGUUUAUCCACUUACUGUAAACAUUCAAAGCAAACAGUGUGUUUAAAUACCAUCCAAGUCAUCAGCACAUUCCAUUAAUAUCUCACACCAACAAGCAUUUCAUUCCUGCCCCUCAUUGGCCGAUAGGAACAUCCCUGACUGAAUGCACCCAGUGGGAGAUUCAGUUGGCUCUUUCUCUUGCUUUUUUAAAAAAAUUAUUAUUAUUAUUAUUAUUUUAAAUCUCCGAUUCUGCCUUACACGCUGUUCCUGCUUUUCCGAAAAUAAGUUGAAGCUCCUUCACUUGGCUUCUGAGGCUCGUCCGGUGACCUACAAACACAAGAGUUGGGUUAGACAUGCCUGAGAAGCUCACUAAGACUCGGUCCAAGGUCCUGUAUCAGAAGUUUUACGGUUCUCGAUGAGCAGUAAAAAGCCUGGAUAGAAGAAAACACUAUCUGCAACGAAAGCCUCCCACCCUCCGUUUUUUUUUUUUUUUUUUUUUUGCUAAUGGCAUGCUCCAGCGGCGCAGAAAAAUAGAGAAAAGAUUAUAGCAUGCUAGUACUCGUGUGUGCGCGUGCGUGUGUGCGCGCGCGUGUGUGUGUGAGAGAGAGAGAUGUGUGUUGGGUGAAUUUGAGUGGGUCUUAAUGCUGUUUCACUCCACGGCAAGUGAUCUCACGUAGGUUUAUAAAUUGAAGUCGUCUCAUCAUUUCAGUCCGACUGGACACUUUAGGUUUUAGACUAUGUUUUUGUAGUCCUCCUUCAUCCAUGCAACCUUGUAGCCUUGAGCACUGAGAAACAGCUCUCCGAGAAACAAUUCCCAAGAUCAUAGGCCGUCUGUAUUUUGAGGCCGCGAGUGUGUGUGGUAGCUCCCGUCACCUCUUUACAGUAUUGACUUGAGAGCCGAUCGUCGGGCGUUAACACCCAGACACGCGCGCGCGCACAAAACACUACUAUGAGGCGUUUACCUCAUGGCUUUGUUUUAAAACUGUGCGUGUGUCUGUAAUGUCCCUCGUGUCUACAGCCCCCCAACCCCCCCUCCCCCAUUCCCGUGCGCUAUUGUAAGGUUUCCAGUUCUAUAAUCUCGAGAUGAGCUGCUGCAAGUCGUUCUUCCUUUUUUUUUUUUUUUUUUUUUUUUUUUUUUAAAAAAAAACAACAACAAAAACAAAACAAAACAUUGUUUCAACGAAUGGCACCCGAAUGUUUGUUCUAUAUUAAUACGAAUCAAAGCGGAGAGUCCGUAGAAAGGUAUAACGUGAGCCUUUGCGUGCGUGCGUUGCGUUCGUGCGCGUGUUGCGUUGGCGUUGGACCGUGGCUUUUAAGUUGUGAUUUUGAACACAAUGACAUUAUUAGUUGAAACACUGAGGAUGUGGUGAUGUGACGUUCAUUCGAGCAAACCUAAGGGAUGUUUGUAUAUUUUGUAAAAAAAUAAUAAUGAUGAUGAUGAUGAUGAUGAUGAUAAUAAUAAUCGACGAGUGGUUGCCUGUCGUCCUGAAUAAUUUCAUCGUACUGUGCAAAUGCACUCUUGUCUCCCUUUGCAGUCGCAUGUCGAGUAGUUUGAGUUUUGUAUAUUUAUUGUAUUAACACAGGAAUAAAAUAAGAAAAUGGACUACUUAA